AUGGAAGCUGAAACGGAUGGAACGAAGGCGACGACACCACCACCACCGCAAUCUGCUCCUUUGGACGUUUCCGCCUCAGUGACCAACCCGAUCAAGAGGAAAAUCGACAAACUUCUUGCCAGCAAGUUACACAAUGAUCCUGAGUUCAUAAAAGUUGUGGAUUAUGUUGCUCCGAUGGUUGAAACCCUUGACAUUCACACCGAAAGGAGACUUCUACGAAGUUUGGAAAAAAGACAGUUAGAACUCAACAAGGAAUAUUUGCAGGAGUUUGAAAAGGUAAAUGCACAAGUUCAAGAUUUCGCUGAGAAGGUGCGCACUAUGCAUCGUAUCUGUUCCGAUUUAACCAAUCGAAUACAACAAAACAAGGAGAAAACUCAGGAUCUUCUCAGCAAGACUAGUGCACUACAAAAUCAAAAAAAACAUCUGGAGGCGAAACAGAAGGCUAUAGACGAUUUUUUGGGAAGAUUUUCACUCACCGAUGCGGAAAGAAGGGCUCUGGAAGGUAACAGCAAAGAUGGCACGAUCACAUCCGACUUUUUCCCCGCUCUUUCUAGAGCUCGAGAUAUCUAUAACGACAGUAAGGAGCUUCUUCGUAGCAGUGGCGAACACUCAGCAGCUGUGGAAAUAAUGGAAGAGAUGUCUCAAACGCUGGAAAAGGCGUACGAGGUGUUAUACCGGAGUAUUCAAAGAGAAUGUCGAAUUCUAAGUGCUGAUUACGUAGAAAUGAAAGCAGUUCUAUGUCAAUCAUUUGCUGCACUACAAGAAAGAGAGGUUUUAUUGAAGUACGCUCUAGAUGAGGUUUGCACUGCACGUAAAAACCAACUUCUUCGACUAUACAUUGAUGCUUUAACAAAAGGAACACAGAGCAGUGGAAAACCGAUUGAAUUAAUGAGUCAUGAUCCUUUAAGGUAUAUGGGGGAUAUGUUGGCAUGGAUUUAUGAGGCGUUAGAGGGUGAACGAGAGCUAUUGCAAUUGCUUCUUAAGGAUUGCAGUCCUCAGGUUAUACGCGACAAUUCAGUCAACCUUCUAUCGCAAAUCUCCAGUUCUCUUUGCCGUCCAUUCAAGCUUCGUGUUGAACAAGCAUUGGCUGGAGAGACGGACUCCGUUGUCCUUUAUCGACUCUCAGCGCUCUUCAUUUUUUACUCGGAAAAAAUGACCCCCGAAAUUGGGAGUGAUUCGGAGCUUUCUCGAACGAUUGAUGAACUCAACCAACUCACAUUGAAUAUUUUCUACAGUGGUCUCAACGGUGCAGUACAGAAGAUUCUGUCGAAAAUGGGUGCCCCAGACUACGACCUACUUCCUGUUCCUGCUGUUCACCAGAUCUUAAUGUUGUUGAGAGAUGUGCUGGAAACUCAUGACGGAGCAAUGGCUGGCCGAUCAAACUCAGAAGAGGAAUUCAACAAGAUAUUCAGCUGUGUAUUAGACCCGCUCUAUAGAUCGGUCCAAGUUGCUGCUACACAUCUGCACUCGCCACUAGAUGUUGCCGUCUACACGCUGAACUGUUUGUCUGCCAUACAUUCCCUGGUUGUCCUUUAUCCCUUCACAGAUUCACGACUGGAGAUGAUCAAAGCUUUGAUGGAAGGGAAUGAAGAUGUGCUUGUUUCUGAAGAAGCAUCCACGAUCUUAGCUAAUACGGGCUUAAUCAGUUUGUAUCAGAAAGCUGCUGCGCAUGACAAAAACCAGGGUCCGUUAUCGGCUAUCACCGGAAUGGAUGCGACCAGCGUAAACAAUACCCUGGCACAAUUUGAUGUAUUCUUGGCACAACCAGACAAAUAUCAGUUGGAUCAAGUCGCGAAGAUUAGCAGUGCUCGUACUAGAGAAAGUGUCAAGCAAAGAACAGUUGACAAUGUGGUUGCCGCCUAUUCGAUAGUCGUCAACAAAUUGGAGGAUCCUUUCAAUGCAUAUGAAAAUAUUGCCUUUAAGUCCAUUGAUCAGGUCAAAGAGCUGCUGAAGUAA